AUGAGCGAAGCCGUAGAUGAGAUGCGCGACAACCCAGUGUGGAUGCUGUGGGCUCUGGGAUUCCUGACGCUGGGCGUCAUGACAGUCGUCAUAUCAAUUCGGAUUCGUCGGGAGCAGAUGCGCUUUGACCCAAAACUUCGCGCGGUGAAAUCCUUCGAUAGCCCAGAGGGGCCUAGCAUUGGUGGGCCGUUCAGCUUGGUCGACGUCAAGACGGGAAAGCGUAUCACAGAUGCGGACCUGAAGGGCAAGUGGCUUUACAUUUACUUUGGGUUCACGAACUGCCCAGAUGUGUGCCCGGAGGAGAUGGCAAAGAUGGCUCGCGUCAUCAAUCACCUCGACAAGAAGGUGGGCAGGGACUAUUGGCAGCCCAUCUUCAUUUCCCUCGAUUCGAAGCGCGAUACGCCAGCGAAGAUACGCGAGUACUUGAGCGACUUCUCGCCGCGCAUCAUGGGCCUUGUGGGGACGCAGGCCGAGGUCGAGGAGGCGGCCCGGCAGUACCGCGUCUACUUCGCCAUCCCAGAUGAGGAGGUAAUGUCCGAGGACGACUACCUUGUGGACCACUCCAUCAUCAUGUACCUCAUCGACCCCGAGGGGCGUUUCUCCGACUAUACCACGAAGGAGUUCCAGUGGUUCGAGAGCUACAGCAAGCUGCUGCGCCGCAUGAUGGACUACGAACGACAUAGAGCGACAGAGGAGCAGCAGCGGGUGCAGCGCGGCGAAGCACCGCUGGCAGAUGGCGAGGCACCUGCCAACUUAAAAAUUGCGAAUUUAGCGUCGAUGCUCGACAACGCCGAAGUCCAGGCGGCGCAGGAGGCCGCGCUGCGGAAUCAGCCGAAAGGCUUGUCGUCGCUUCGAUCUUGA